AUGCCCACGACCGCUACCGCAUUUGCCGUCACUACGCGGGUGUCGAAGAACCCGGCCGAGCUGCGACUGCGAGUCUUACAUCUGUACCGACAGUUCAUGCGCCACAGCCCCCAGUUCGUUGAGAUGUACGACCUGGCGGUGCCUGUGGGGUUGGUACGCACUGUCCUGCGCCAGCAGUUUGAACGUAACCGCUUCGUUGAGGACAUUAACGUGCGCAACCACCUGCUUGCCAAGGGCAACAUGGAGUUCCAGGAGAUGGUAAACUUCUGGAAACAGACCCCUCACGUUGCCAAGUACUUUGACAACUACCACGCUACUCAGAUCGAAAAGCCGGCCGAGGACUUUGUUCGCAAGUUUAUCAAGGGCACCGCAUAA